AUGUCAGUCAUCCCUGGCACCCCUCAGAGUUUCGAGAACUCGACGCGCGUUCGCGACGCGCAAGGCCUGGAAUAUUUGGAGGCCUGCCUCGCAGAGGGUCUCUUUGAGCAUGACUUGAAGAUCCCCAUGGAGCAAGAAAUUUGUUUGUUGAUGGACAGUGGCGGAGGAUCAAUGAGUCACUUUGCCAUUGAAGUCGGCCUCCUUGCAGACAAAUUCCAUAUCAGACCAUUUUACCUGGCUCCGUAUCACACUGCCGCAUUGAUGCCUUUAGAUCAGUCACCAAACAGAGAGUUUGAAAGACAUUGGAGUACGUUGAGAUCCAAACAAAGCAACUUUUCUUCACUGCAAGCUUUGGAUGCAUGUCACGAGUGCUGGGACGUGGGAUACAGCAAGAAAAACAUUUUGAAAGGAUGGUCCACCAUUGGCCUGGCCAGCGGUGAGACUGUCAGCCGCGACAAGGUCAUCUUGGAACGCGGGCCUCAAUUGUUUAGGCAAACGGUUCCAAAAGCAGAGCGAAAUUACGGUUCCGAAUCCGCUGAGCAAGUCUUCUCACCACCCCGUGGAUACAAGAGAGCAGCUGAAACUUCAAGAUGCAGCGCAGCAAACUGCACAGCUCUGGUGCAGCCUUCUCACCGAUUUUGUCCUGCAUGUGGUUGCAAAAACCCUUCCUAUGAUACCAUCGCCGAUGCCGUUGACAAAGGUGCCAAAGUGCAAGGGUACCGCCGCAAGAGCACGGCGCUGGUCGAUAUGCAAGAUGCGCUUGACUUUGAACCGGCCACCAAAAAGCACCUUACCAAAGCUUGGGGUGACAUGCUCUCCAAAAUGCGAAACAGUAAGGAGAAAGGUGAAGCCCAAGAUGCUGUGGCACCUGCCACCCCUGCACUGGUGGCUGCGCCAGCCACGCCUGUGCCAACUUUUGCGCCUAACACUCCUGCGGCUGCACCCGUCUCCCCGGCAAUGGAGAUUGAAGAAGCGGAUCAAGUGACCCGCGAUCUGCUCCUCGUCUUCGCAGGCCCCGACGCCUUGCAGCGGGGCUUUCUGAAGCCCGAGGAGGUGUCGGGCCUCUCGAUCGAUGGGCUGCGACGUGUAGAUCAGCUCUGGCUGUCUUUGUCCAACGGACGCUUCGGCUACAGCGUGCAACGUGAAGCUUUGCACCUUGCAGGUGGUCCUGCAGAGCUCAAGAAGUUCAUGGCACAAAUUGGAUGGCUGCAGCGUGCCGAAGGCCAUGACCAGGAGUUGCUUCGCUAUUGGCCACGACGCGAAUUUGACUACACAAUGAACGCGCCUCGAGGCCAUUUGCCCCUGACGAAUCUCAUCCGUGGCAAGGAUCUCUUACUGUCAUUACUUCAACAUCCAGCCUUCGAAGCUGCAGGCGAAGUUUCAGGAGAGCUCGGAGCCUCGAACGAAGCCAAUGAGGAGGAGGUGCGAGACUGGUUCAACAAGUUGACAGGUGCAGCGGAUGCAGAGGAGGAGUCCGAUGAGGUCGGCGCUGUUCGCCGCGACAGUGUUGGGAGGCCGACGCCAGUCACAACCGAGUAUGAAGAACGUGGUCCGGGAGACGUGCGUUUCAGGAUCACCCUAAUCACCGGUUUCGAGACCUUCAAUGCUCGACUCUACCGCGCCGCUGCGAGGCAAGCUGUCGUUCCUGGCCUCUCCAUUUGCGUCUUCACUGACCAGGACAUUGCAGAGAGGCGAGAUGUGGUGGCGAAAGUCUUGCAAGAGACCGAUGUCUUCUUCUGCUCCUUGAUCUUUGAUUUCGAUCAAGCAGAAUGGCUGCAGGAAGCUUGCAGGAACAUCAAGGUGCGGAUGGUCUUUGAGUCGGCCUUGGAACUCAUGUCCUGCACCCAGGUGGGGUCCUUCACCAUGUCGGGCGGCGGUGGAAUGCCGCCGCAGAUCCGGUCGAUGAUCUCGGCGCUGACGGGACAGCGCGAGGAGGACCGAAUCGCCGGCUACACGAAAUUUCUGAAGACUGGUCCGAAGUUGCUGCAAUUUCUCCCUCAGUUCGGCCCCAUCCCAGAUCUCCGGCGCUGGUUGCAGACUUACGCCUUUUGGAGCGGCGGCGGCAACACGAACAUCGCCAAGAUGCUGCGCUAUGUGGCGCGAGAAUUCGGUGACUUCGAAGUGCACUUCGAUGACCUCUCUGAGAAUGCUGAGGAGCCUGGAGAAGAUGACGUGCCUCCUGUGAUCGAAAUCCCACAGGUAGGUUUGCUGCAUCCAUCACUGAAGUACGCCUUUCAACCGGGGCCCUUCUUCGAAAGUCCCAAAGAGUACUUAGACUGGUAUCGCAGCUACAAACCCCAAGCCUUCCAAGAGGGCUGGCCCGUUGUGGCUGUGCUGCUUUAUCGGAAGCACGUUGUGUCAGAGCUGUCCUACGUCUUUCAGUUGGUGAACUACCUGGAGGAGGCGCAUCAGAUCCUCCCGGUGCCCAUCUUUAUUCAAGGCGUAGAUGCGCACAUCGCCGUCCGGGACCAGCUCACCAGCGCCUUCGAGAAAGCGGCGCUGCAACGAGGGGAGGUGGCCAACAGAAGCUUGUCGCCAGACGCCAUCGAAGUAGAUGCCGUGGUGAACACCAUCGGUUUCCCUCUGGUUGGAGGUCCUGCUGGCUCCAUGGAAGGUGGCAGAAACAGUGAAAUCGCCAAGGAGAUCCUGUCCUCACUGAACGUGCCCUACUUCGUGGCGGCGCCGCUGCUGAUCCAAGACCUCCAGUCCUGGAAGGAUCAAGGCAUCGGUGGUUUGCAGGGCGUGGUGCUCUACGCCCUGCCGGAGCUGGACGGUGCCAUUGACGCCGUGCCGCUGGGCGGCCUCUCCGCGGGCGGCGACAUCGACCUCCUCCCUGACCGCGUGGAUCGUUUGGCGCAGCGCCUGAAGCGCUGGGUGCAGCUGCGCCGCACCGCGCCCCAGCAACGCAAGGUGGCCAUUGUUCUCUACGGCUACCCCCCCGGCAUCGGUGCCACGGGCACGGCGGCGCUGUUGAACGUGCCCAGAUCGCUGUACAGGCUGUUGGAGGCCAUGAAGGAAGCUGGCUAUGAUGUGGGCGACCUCCCCGAGGAUGCUGAGGAGCUCAUCCGAGAGAUCACUGCAGGUGAUCAAGCGGCCGAGACUGGCCUGGGCUAUCGCAACUCGGAGGAAUCUACCAAGGGCUUUGCGGCCGUGGAGGCUCAGAAGCUCGCUGAAUGGCUCCCUAAAGACAGCCAGGAGGCCGUUGAAGGCAAGUGGGGCGACGGCCUGUUGUCUUCAGGCAUCCGCACCAUGGCAUCGCAGCUGCUGCUGGGUGGUCGCCGCCAGUCCAAUGUUUGGCUGGCAGUUCAGCCUCCCUUGGGAAUUCCGGGUGAUCCCAUGAGGCUGCUGUUUGAAAGAGACAUGACGCCGCAUCCACAAUACGUGGCAUUCUACAAGUACAUCGAGAAUGAGCUGCAGGCUGAUGUGGUGGUGCAUUUUGGCAUGCAUGGCACGGCAGAGUGGCUUCCGGGGCGACCGUUGGGCAACAUGGGCUCCUGUUGGCCGGAUCAGCUUCUAGGAGGCUUGCCCAAUGUGUAUUUGUACGCGGCCAACAACCCCAGCGAAUCCAUUUUGGCAAAGAGGCGUGGCUACGGUUGUUUGGUCUCUUACAACGUCCCGCCCUAUGCGCGCGCUGGUCUCUACAAGGAGCUCCAAACUGUCAGAGGGAUGCUUUCCGAGCUGAUGGAGCGUAAAGACUCGGACCAAGAGGUAGCAACCGCCAGCAGCUAUGCAGCAGCAGCUGGUGCCACCCCGAUAACCCAAGGAGUGCCGGAAGAUGGUGAACCGACCCUUGAGAUUGCGUUGAUCCAGGCCGUGCUUUCUGCUGGCUUGGAGAAGGACGUGCCCUUUCCCAAGCAGGUGCAAGAGGCAAUCACCGAGGCCGAAACCCAAUCGCUGGACUUGGACGCCUGCGCCGCCCGCGCCGCGCAGCACUUCGACGGCACUGCCUUCGCCGAGUAUGCGGCGAAGCUGCGUGGCUACUUGGCCGAGUUAGAGGCGUCGCUCUUUUCGGAAGGGCUCCACACCUUGGGAGAGAAGCCAUCCACGCCAGAGAUGACAGGCUACCUGAUGGGUUGCUUCGAGGAGACGCCUGGCACUUCCAAGCUGCCAGAAGUGGCGAUUGAGACGUUGGCCAAAGGCGCUUCAGAGAGGGAGGUCCUCGCAGAAUGCGUCAAAGUUGGGACGGAUUCAGAAGAGCUGCGCAGCAGUGUCAAGGAGGCAUUGGAGAUCCGAACAUUGCUGGAGCGAAAUGUUGAGGAGAUAUCAGGGAUGUUGCGCGCCUUGAACGGCGAAUACGUGCUGCCUGCGCCCGGCGGCGACUUAAUCCGCGACGGCGCCUCGGUGCUUCCGACCGGCAGGAAUAUCCACGCACUGGAUCCUUUCCGCAUUCCGAGCCAAACUGCUUUGCAGCGGGGCUUGAAGGCAGCAGAAAGAACCAUUGAGCAGUAUCGAGCAGAUCAUGGUGGCAUGUAUCCAGAGACCAUCGCUGUGAACCUUUGGGGCCUGGAGGCCAUCAAGACCCGCGGCGAAUCGGUGGCGGUGGUCCUGGGCCUCCUUGGCGCGCGGCCCGUCACCGAAGGCACGGGCCGCGUGGCGCGAUACGAAUUGAUACCACUUGAGGAGCUGGGCCGUCCACGAGUGGAUGCCCUUUGUUCUCUCAGCGGCAUCUUCCGCGAUUCCUUCGCCAACGUGGUGGAGCUCCUGGACGACGCGCUGCAGCGCGCGGCCAAGGCGGCCGACGAGGCGCCAGAGCAGAACUUCGUUCGGAAGCAUUACCUGGAGUUGCUAGAGGAGAAAGAAGACGAGGAAGCGGCCUUGUCUCGAAUCUUCUCCAACGCUGCGGGAGAGUUUGGGUCCUUGGUGAACGAACGAGUUGUGGCGGGCAACUGGGAAAGUGAUGAGGAGUUGGGUGAGACUUGGGCCUCGCGCAACGCCUUCGCCUUCGGACGGCAGCAGAAGGGCGUGCAACGUAGCCAGGUCUUGGACAAACUUCUCAGCACCUCCGGAACACUUCUGCAGCUGACUGACUCUGUGGAGUAUGGCCUCACGGAUAUCCAGGAAUACUACGCCAAUUCGGGCGCCAUGGUGCGGCGCAUGAGUGAUCUGCAAAAGCGUCCCGUGGAAGCCUUGGUCCUGGACACCACGCAGAAAGAGGUGCGGCCCAGGAAGUUGGACUCGGUGCUUCGGAUGGAGUAUCGCACCAAGUUGCUGAAUAAGUGGGCCGAGGCCAUGGUGGCGCAGGGCUCUGGGGGUGCCUUUGAAGUCUCUCAGCGCAUGACGGCGCUGUUGGGCUGGGGAGGCACCACGAAGUUUGCGGAGGACUGGGUGUGGGACCAGAGCGCUGCACGAUAUGUUUUAGACGAAGAUAUGGCUCGGAGGCUGAAGGAGAGCAACCCAGAGGCCUUUCGGAACAUCGUGGGCCGGCUCUUGGAGGCCAAAGCGCGGGAUCUUUGGAAUGCAAACGAAGAUGUGCUCGAUCGAUUGACAGAGAUCUACGAGAAUUUAGAUGAUGAGCUUGAGGGUGUGUCCUGAACAAGCUCAAGGAUUUUUUGCGGAGAACCGAGAGCUGAAUCAACUCGCGCAGUGUGGCGUGUCCCGAGGGCGGCAAGAAGCUGCCCUUGCGUGGAAGAUUCAAUGCCAAAGUGGGCUUAGUCGAAUGACC